AUGUUGAGUAGGCUCCCCGUAGAGCUGAGUCAGAUGUUGUUUGAAGGACUCCAACUCAAAUCUUCCGUCGACACCCCGAAAGCCAAGCGCAUCCUGCACCAAGCCAGCUUAGACCUCACUCGCGAACGCAUCGCACGCACCCGACACCAACUACACGAUCUGAACUCAAGCAUCACUUCUACUCAAACUCAACUUAGCCUACGACUCAAACCAGAUGAUCUAGAUAAAGUUCAGGCAUUCAACGACUACACAUCUCGCAAAACCUUUCAGUCCACCAAGCUCAAGCAAAUCAACAAGUUCGACCGACUCUACUCCCGCACGCCUACGCAAGCCAACCAACAACCUUCGACCGAAGCAACCAAGGAUACCGUAAUCAACCUUAGCCGACACCAACUUACCCAAGCCGAACACAAAGUACUCUCCCUCGGACUCAACUUCGCCGUAGCUCCUAAGAAGAUCCCUUUCUCCGACAUAGUACAGCAAGUCGAACCCAAGCUCCGCUUUCUCUCCAAAGAGGCCGCCAACGCAAUUAGACUCAAGGUAACCAAUGCCCUCUCCGACGCCAAGCCACCCAAACAGAACCUAUCCAAACAAGAACGCUCUGCUAUCCGGGACCUCCGACGUAACCAAGCCAUUCACAUCCUUCAGGCUGACAAGGGCAACGCCACCGUUAUCAUGGACCAAGACGCAUACGAUGACAAGAUCGAAGAGAUUCUCCAAGACAAGGACACCUACUCCAAACUCAACAGAGACCCAACUCAGGCCAACGAAAGGAAAAUCAACCAACAACUGCUGACCCUACACCGAUCCGAUGCACUACCCAAGGCACUCUACUUCCAACUCAGAUCGUCUUCAGCCAAGUCACCUAUCUUAUUCGGACAACCCAAGAUACACAAGCCUAACACUCCUCUCCGCCCUAUCAUCUCCACUCGUGGGUCACCCUGCUACAACACAGCACGCCAUCUGGCCAACAUCCUCCAACCACUCGUAGGCCAGACCCAGCACCAUGUCACCAACUCCAAGCACUUCAUAGACGUCAUCUCCAAAACCAAGAUCCGGCCCUCCGACACACUCGUCAGCUUUGAUGUCGUCUGCCUCUUCACCAGCGUACCUGUAGACCAAGCAUGUGACAUCAUCAAGCAACGCCUGAUCACCGACUCAGACCUAGCAUCCAGAACCAAUCUCACACCAGACCAGAUCCACGACCUCCUCCUCACCUGUCUCAACUCCAACUCCUUCAAAUGGCGCAACAACUACUACAAACAACUACAAGGAGCAGCCAUGGGGUCACCUCUCUCACCAAUCAUCGCUAACAUCUUCAUGGAACACUUUGAGCACCAAGCACUCAAGACUGCGGACAAACCUCCUUCACUCUGGCUCCGCUACGUCGACGGCACCUUUGUCAUCUGGCCGCACAGCACACCCGACCUUCACCAGUUUCUCAACCACCUCAACAACCAGCACCCCAGCAUCAAGUUCACCAUGGAGACCCAACGCGACAACUCAAUUCCAUUUCUAGACGUUCUCAUCACUAAGACACCGUCUGGAUUCCCAUCUCACCAGGUGUACCGAAAACCUACCCACACAGACCGCUACCUCAACUUCCGCUCACACCACCACCCGUCCAUCCACCAAUCAGUCGCCGACACUCUCGUCAGACGAGCCCACCAACUCAGCGACAAGGCACACUUACAUCAAGAACUCAAGCACGUGACCAAUGCACUCACCACAUCAACCACUACCCCAGAAGAAGGAUCAAGACUCACCCACCCAGCCACCAACCCAGCACCGACAGCACCGAAAACCCAUCCGAAACCAAGGGUCUACAAGAUCCCCUGCGACUGCGGUAAAGUCUACAUUGGGGAAACCGGCCGAGACUUCGACACCAGAUUCAAGGAACACAAGACCCACCACCGACGCAGCGACUGGGACCGAUCCGCCAUCGUCAAGCACGCACAACACGAGAAUCACCGCAUAGAAUGGGAAAGGAGCCACCUAAUCACCAACAUCCGGCACUGGAAUACCAGAAGGGUCAGGGAAGCCAUUGAAAUACAUCAACACAACACUGUGCCUCAAGACCCUGGCCUCCACAUCAACAGCAUCUGGCACCAAAUCCUACGUCACCAUCAAACUUCUAACCAAUCCACAAACAACCAGCCGUCCACCGUCACUCCACCGAGCCCUCCUACCCAACACAGCAGUCUGAUUGCAUCACCAACUCAACCAGGGACUCCGCCAACACACACACCACUGCCACCGACACCUCGCUACAACCUCCGCCGACGACCCAACACCUCAUCCGUACACCAGGCCACCCACUCACUCCCGCCGAAGCUCACCCGACGAGUCCGCCGACCAACACGCACAGAACGCCACCAUUGA